AUGCUCAAGCCUCCCUUCUCUCCGCAACCUAUUCCACCAUACUCCAACACGGAUGCGGAUAGUACCCAGUCAACAGCCGGGAUUCUGAACCAGAGUGCAAGCAUUUCUCCCAGCAGCACACAGCAUUUUCUUCAACCAUGCACCAGCCAGCCCUUGUCGGCUCUUGACUCCCUCCCUACCAUAACCGGCAAAAGCGACCACAUUAUCAGACCCGAGUAUGAAAUCCCAGCUUUCCUCGCCUUUGACCUCGACCUCGCUCGUUUGAACCGCAUCCACGGCCACCUCUGGAUGGCCGGCCGUCCCAUGCGCGCCCGUCCUCUGCACCGCUACACCAUGCUCGGCAUGCAAGUCAUCCAAACCCAACAAAUGGACCUGCACCUCCUCAAAUUCAGUUCCAAACUGCUCAUCAAGCCCCUUCCCGAAUGGAUCCUCUGCCACCAAUUCUGGACCGACUGCAUCUGCAACCACGACGAUGCCGACGGCAAACGCGAACCAGGCUGGCUCUGGAGAAGCGCAGCCGGCUUCCUCGUUAGCUACGUCUGGCUCCUUACCACCCCUUUGGACCUCAAGAUGGCCCAUGACAAUUCGCUGCUUCCGUCGUUUGUAACAUGGCACUGGUGGAAGAGCUUUGUCGCCGAUUUCAUCACCCAUGUGGAUAUCGAUACCCUGCAUCAGGUUAACAAGAGGUAUCAGUUUGGCGAUUUGAGGCUGGGCAGGAUCAAUACCAUAUAUCGGGUUAGAUAUGCGCAUACGCAUUUUGUGAGGGGCUAUCUAUGGGGAUACAAUCGCUACGUCAUCUUCUUCCAGCGGAAAUUCUCCUGGGUCCUUAUCGUCUUCGUUUUCUUCUCCGUCGUGCUGUCGGCCAUGCAAGUCAGUUUCUCGCUUCCUUCAACGUCGCCCGUCUCUCUCGAAAGCGAUCAAGCAUUUGUGCAAGCGACAUUCGUGUUUGUCGUCUUCAGCAUGGUCAGUGUGCUUGUUAUCCUGGCGUUUGUGGUUGUGAUUUUCGUCGGCACGUUUGCGUUUAAUAUGGUCAUGGCGAUUUCGCAUGCGGAAAGUGAGCAGAGGAAGAGAAGAGAGUUGGCAGACAAGAGGAGACAGGCCGUGGAGAACGGUGGGGAGUCGUAG